UCGGACCUUCGUUUCCUCUAAUACUUCAGUUCCGAUAGCGAUUUUAGACUCGUGAAAGAUAUGUAAUAUAUUUCUUUUGGUCCUUAAAUUACUUCAAAAUUUCUCUUUAUAUCUUAAUCAUGACCAAAAUGUUUUCAAAAUUCUACCAAGCAACUGAUAAGGCGAGAAGGAUCCUUUUAGGAGCCAGAAAGAAUUGGCCUUUCGCAGUGUACUUCAGGAGCCACGUAAACAUGGUGGAGCAAAGCCCCUCUACUAAGGUUCAGGCUCUAUACGAUCUCUGUAAAAAUACCUUUACGCCCUCAGAAAUUCCUUCAUCCUCCCCAGCAAUCAAUAAACUCUGCUCUCUUUUGGACACAGUUAGGCCUGCUGAUGUAGGGCUUAAAGAGGAAAAUCCAGAUGAUGACCGAGGGCACGGCAUUUUUGGACUGAACCGAUUAAGUCGGGCAGCUAGAUGGGCUCAACCAAUAACAUACAUAGAUAUUUACGAGUGUGAUAGUUUUACGAUGUGUAUAUUCUGCUUCCCUACUUCCUCAGUUAUCCCACUCCAUGACCAUCCUGGCAUGACUGUUUUCAGCAAAAUUCUUUAUGGCUCUUUGCAUGUCAAAGCCUAUGAUUGGGUUGAGCCUACCUGUAUCCUUGAAGGCAAGGAAUCUGGAUGUGUUUCUUUGGCAGUAAAGUUGGCAAAGUUGGCAGUUGAUAAAGUUUUGACAGCUCCAUGUGGGACAUCAAUCUUGUACCCGAAAAGCGGGGGGAAUCUCCAUUGUUUCACUGCAGUCACCCCUUGUGCUGUGCUUGACAUUCUCACACCCUCUUACAGGGAAGACGUAGGCAGGAAAUGCUCUUACUACCAUGAUUACCCGUAUUCCCCCUUCUCUUCAGGAAAUGGAAGCGAGCUAGGUGAUGGAAAAGAAGAGGACUAUGCAUGGCUUGCAGAGAUAGAAACACCAGAUAAUCUGUAUAUGCGUCCAGGGAUAUAUACAGGCCCAGCUGUUAACUUUUAGCUUGUUUUUUCAGUAGAAUAUGCGUUUCUGACUUCAUUUCUUUCAAGCUUUACAGGAAGUUGCCUUCAUAGUUUUCUUCGUUCAAAUACAAAUCUACUUUCUUGCUAGGACAAUAAACUAUCCACUUGACAUACAAUCUUGGUUAUGAAAUUGCACUAACUGUAAUAUGAAGUCUUUUGUGACUUGUAAGCUGUAUGCCUUAAAUAUCUUACACAGGUUUCCUUUUUAAUCGAUCUUUUUUUAAUGGGUUUGGAUGUCAAACAGACAUCAAGUCAUCCCUUUUCUA